AUUAAAUCGGCAAAAUGUGUUGCAAUACAAUAUUUUCGUCAUUGGAAAAUUGAAAAUGCCGUCGGCAUAGAGAAUGUGAUAAACACCUGUCUAAUCCCCUUAUCAGUGAAACGAAUGGUUGUUGUUUGUACGUCAAGUGCGUUAUCAUAGAAAAGAAGACCGGUAAACAAGUGCAGCAAAGUCCGAAAUUAGCGAUCGGCAACAACCAGAAAUAAGCACACGCAAAUAUCGUGGAUGCAUUUUGAAAAGAUGAACAUUGUUUUUCAAGUUAUGGUGCUGUUGUUGGGUGUUGGAACAAUUUUCAGCGCAGAUACAUCAAGAACUGUUCUAUUCCCGGAUUUGAGUGAGGAAAAUUCCGAAGAAUUCGAUUACGGGGCCAUUGAUGUGUCACAAACAGCAUCGCAAUCAAAGCUAUCGUCAACCAAAACGAUAAAAUUUCGCAUCGACUCAACGGAUGUUCCAUGCGUAAAUACAACGAUGUAUUUCUGUGAAGAAGUCACAAAUCAAGCGUAUCCCAAACAGUAUGUGGAGUCAAUGCUUGCAAAAACCGAUGCACAAACUUACAAAAAUUAUUUCAAUAAGACACUGCCAAAGGAGACGCUUCGACUGCGCUCGUUGUCAACGAACAAUGAACCGAUUGAAUUGUGCGAUAGUUUUAAGCGUGUCAUCCACCCUCAGUUAGCUAGGAGUGUGCACCGUGAAUGGCAUUUCGUUAUCAAUCAACCGAGCUAUCAGCAGCCGAUUCUCAUGGAAAUUUGCCGAAAGAAAAAAAGCAAAUGCCUAUUCAGCGAAUCGCAAUCGAUGAAUUACGUGUCAUUGUGUGUUCAGAAAUAUACCAAAGUGCCAUUACUUAGCCUACGUGAAGAUGGCCAAAUGGUCUCCUAUGACUAUGAAUUUCCAGGCUACUGCCAAUGCGAAAUUCAACCGAGAAAAUCGAUAAAACGCCAACGUUUCUAGAUUUAGAUUUGACAUUAUGCGCUCACUUUUAUUGAGAUUAUUUGUAACACUUAUGACAACUUUUUACACAAUUCCAUGCUAUAGAUUUGUUUUAAAUGGAAACAUACUGUAUUACUGUAUUGACUAUGUAUCCGACAGGGAAUCUUAAGUAUAUUAAAACCAUUUCGCAACUGACUGACUGAAAA